AUGGCCUUUGUUUAUCUAUCAGAAAAAAAUUAAAGUUAUGUAAAAUCAUCCACAAAUGAUUUAUUAGGUCCUGGUUGUUAUAUAUAACAUAAAAAAUAUACUAUACCAAAAGCAGUAGUUCCAUUCAAUUCAAGUUAACUUCGAGCUUAAUAAAAGAAAGAAAAAAUUCAAACCCCAGGUCCUGGCCAAUAUUAAAUUUAGAAAUAAAAUUUAAGUGAAAAAAUAGUCAUAUCAUCAGCAAAUGAAGAUAUUAAAAUAGUCGAAAUUCCCAAACCUUAAUCAAUAUUUAAAUCAACAUCAUAAAGAUUUUAAUAAAACAUAAAAUAAAUGGAGAAUCCAGGACCAGGUUAAUAUGAAUAAUAAAGUACUUUUUAUAAAAAUACCUCUUCUUAAAUAAAAUAGAAUAAUAAUCUUCCUUAUAAUAAAUAAAAUAUGGUAGAUCAUUUAAUGAAAUUAAAUCAUUAUUAAAGUACUCCUUCUAUUCCUUCGAAAUACCAUGCUUUUGGUUAUACUGAAAAUGAAAAUAAUGAAUUGGCUCUAAAUAAAAUGCCUUCUUAAUAAUUUACAGGAACAAAGAGCGAUUCUAUUGGACCAGGACAUUAUAAUUUAAAGGAUACAAUAGAAAUAAAUAAAAAUAAAGGUUCAGCUUGGCACAAGUAUUAAGCUGCAAGAUUAAAUAAUAAUAAAAAAUAAAAAGAUAAUGUAGGUCCAGGUACUUAUGAUUUACAAGGAUCUUAAAUGCCUUUAUAUAAAAUGAAAUAAAGCCCUGGAUUUGCUUCAAAGACUUUAAGAUGUUCAAUUGGACUUUAAAAAGUAGCAAAUAAAUUCUCACAAUAAAGAAAAGUUAAAAGUUAAUAAAGUCACUUAAAUUUAAAAAAUAAAUUUUUUGAAUAAAAUAAGGAUGAAGAAAUAGAAUUUAUUGAUGAAACUACUCCUGGACCUGGACAUUACCAUAAUGAAAAUAUUACAACUUCAAUAAAACUUUAAGGAAAAGCUGAAAAAUUUUAAAAUUUUGGAGGAUAUACAGCAAGUAGAUUCUAAAUAGGAAGUUUUGGUCAAACUAUUGGUCCUGGAGAGUAUAAUCCUUAAACUUCAGGAUUUUAUGGAAAAAAUCUAAAUGAAACAAAAGCUAGAAAUCCUCCAUUUUUAUCUUCUAAUAGUAGGUUCGAAAUUAAAAAAAUAAUAGAACAUAAACCUGGACCAGGUACUUAUGAUGCUAGGAUUAAUUUAGAAGAUAAAUUAAUUAAAAAUAUACAAAAAGGAUAUAGAGGUAAUUUUGGAACUACUUAAAGGAGAUUUAAUGACGAAAAUAUUGUUUAUGUAAUUAUAUAUUUUAUUUUCAUACAAAAAUAUAAUUAAUAGGAAUAACCUGGACCUGGCACUUAUAUUUAAGUGUUUUAAGAAAAUUAAGAAAACCAAGAAAAUAAUUUACCUUAAGCUGUAUUUAGAUCAACUUUAGAUAGAUCUGUUUUUGAUAAUUAAAAAGAUUCUAAACCUCCUGUAGGAUCAUAUAAACUUGACUAUUAUAAUAUAGAAAAAAAAGUUAUAAAAGAACCAGAAGAUCCUGAUAUUAAAAUUAAAGUUCCAAAUUUAGGAUUUAAUACAAGUGAAUAAAGAUUUAAAGAUUUAAAAAAAAAUAAAAAAGAAAAAGAUGAUGAAAAUAAAAGCAAUUCAUUAAUAAGAUAUAAUUAAUCAAAUAAAGAAAUAAAGAAAACGAAUAUACAUUUCUUAACAAAAGCUGAAAGAUUUAAUUAUAAAGAUAAGAAUUAAGCUCCUCCACCAGGAACUUAUUUCGAUGAACAAUAAAAUUUAUGGAAUAAAAGAACAUAUAAUAUUCAUUUUGCUGACUUUUGA